AUGGACAACAGCGAGGAUGCCAUCGUGGAGAUGCUCAAGGAGAGGAUGGUGGGGAACAGCACGUUCCUGCAGUACAUGGAGAUUGUCAUCGAGAGACUCCGCUCGGGGGAGGAGUUCGAGCGGACGCCCAUGCUCAUGGCGCACACGGGCGGUGCCAAGACGCUGCAGGUAACCCAGCUGGACUACCACAUCCCGGCGAACACUCGGCACCACCACACGGACAAGUUCCUGCUCACCCAGAGCAGCGACGCAACGCUGGUGGUACGCCGAGGCCUCCCGGUCACGUACAGCGUGCAGUUCGAUCGGCCUUACGACGGAAUCCGGGACCAGGUCUUCAUCAUCCUCAACACUGGUCUCGAUCCGAGCGAAGAGAACGGCGGCCGGGUGAAGCUCGAGGUGCCCACGACCAGGGGCUCGUUCUUCGCGACGGACAACUCUCCGUGGAGCAUCUGCCUCGUGCUCACCGAGAAGAGCAGCAUCACCGUCAAGGUCAUGCUGCCGCCCAUCGCCCCCGUCGGUCUGUGGCGCCUCGAGGUGGAGACGAGGCUGCGCGACUCGGACGACCCGGGGGACAGGGCCCUCUUUAACGUCAAGGAGACCUUCUACAUCCUCUUCAACCCCUGGAACCCCGAGGAUUUGGUGUACCUUCCCGACGAAACGCUUAUCAAGGAGUACAUUUUUGAAGAUACCGGUAAGCUGUAUCAAGGAAACUACGACUACCCGACCGGAAAACGCUGGUACUUCGGGCAGUUCACGGACGUGGUCCUUCCGACCUGCAACUACCUGUUCGAGCUGGGCGACGUGAGCGUGCAAGACAGGGCUUGCCCCGUCAAGCUCUCCAGGCACAUCGCGGCACUGGUGGACUCCAGAGACGAAAACGGCGUCCUGGUGGGCUCCUGGAGCAACGACUACGGCGACGGCGUGUCGCCCACAACCUGGACGUCGAGCACCACCAUCCUGGAGCAGUACAUGAACACCGGAGGCGCUCCGGUCAAGUACGGCCAGUGCUGGGUCUACUCCGGGCUCGUCACCACCCUGUGCCGGGCGCUGGGGAUUCCCUGCCGGUCUAUUACCAACUUCUCAUCGGCGCACGACACGGACGGUAACCUGCUGAUCGAGCGCUUCUUCGACGAGAACGACAACCCCAUAUUCGGCAAAACGGAGGACUCCAUCUGGAACUUCCAUCUGUGGAACGAGCUGUGGAUGCAGCGCCCGGACCUCCCCGGAGGUUAUGGAGGAUGGCAAGUCAUUGAUGCUACGCCUCAGACUAUUAGCGACGGCUUGUUCCGUGUUGGGCCUUGCCCCGUGGCAGCGGUCUACAACGGCCAUCUGGAGGUCAACUACGACGCCCGCUUCGUGUACGCCGAGGUAAACGCCGACUUGAUCAGCUGGAAACGCGACGCCGCUACCAAGCAGUUCAAGCAGUCCAACGUGAAGAACGAGAAUGAGGCAGACGCUGCCGGCAUGUUGAUCUACACCAAAAAGAUUGGAGAAAUGACCGAAGACAACGUAGAGGACGCUGAGGAUCUCACCGGGGUCUACAAGGGAGUCAAAGUGGCUCCGAAGAAGUCGGUGAUGGGGUUGUCUGGAGCGGUUCCGCCCGACGAGGUGGAGAUGAAGAUGGUGGAAGUAUCCUCAGUGCCCGCAGGACAGUCGGUCAAGCUCGCUGUGACCUGCACCAACAACAGCAAGGCUGUGAAGAAGGUCAGCCUCACCUUGUCCGCCUCGUCCGUCUUCUACACCGGGGGCGAAUACAAGCAGCUGAAAAAGGGUGUCAUCAACUUGGAACUCCAGCCUGGAAAAACCGAGACUGGCAGCAUCACUGUAACCCCCGAGGAUUACCAAACGAAACUUGCACCUUACAACAUUGUCAAGCUCUUCGCUCUCGGCCGUGUUCAGGGAAGCGGUCAAGGGUCUUGGUUCAAGCACUGCAGGAUUGCCAUUGGUAACCCGUCCAUGGAAGUCAAGGUAUCGGGACCCCUCAAUGUGUCCAGAGCCAUGGAAUACACCCUGAGCUUCGAUAAUCCAUUGAACACGCCACUGACUGGAUGCAGCCUGACACUGGAUAUUUCCGGUAUCACCCUACAGUCCCAAGUGCAUAACGUGCCGGAUGUGCCAGCCAAGGGCAAGUUUGUGUACACUGGAAAGAUCAUCCCGAAGCGUCCGGGCGAGAAGUCCGUCAUGGGCGUGUUCAACAGCAAGGAGCUCAAGGACAUUCGAGGCACCAAGGUUGUACACGUAAAGUAG